AUGGUGAUGCAUGAUUUUGAAGAACAGAGUAUGACCGACCUUAAGGAAGAAGAGCUGCCGAUUGUAGAACUCUUUGCAAUUAAGCAAGAGUCACAAAAUCCUCCCAAUCCGGAACUGAAGGAGUUGCCUAAUCACCUAAAGUACGUGUUUCUUGAUGACCAGGAGAAAAAGCCCAAAUGGGAACAACUAAAAUUGGACAUGUUCGAAGGUUUGAGUAGUUAUCGACCAUUGAGUCAAGUCAGGGCUGAUAAAAGGAGGUCUAAGAAGCAGUUUCACCGGAUAAACAAUAAAUUGGGGGCCCUGGAUUGUGGGCCAAAAGAUGAUAAGACAUUUACACGUGGACAGUCGACGUGUCGUAGAGGUCAUGGCUCGUGA